AUGACGGAAGCUAUCAGUGCACCGUAUGGAGAGGAGGACGAAGAGGAGGAGCGAUUGGAAGACACAGGUGUGGGUUUGAUGUACUCCACGGAGCAAAUGGAAAGCUGGGUGAGCUUCAUGCCCGAAGCAGGAAGUGUUGUGGUGGGAGCUCUUCCGGCAAUGGGCGAAGGGCCCACGGCUUACGGGGCCUUUGGGAUUCUAGAGGCCGUAGGCGAGCGGCUCUAUGUUGCAAAGUACUUCGGGACCAACGACCAUGGGACAGAAGGGAGACACAAAGGUUUGGGCAAGAUGUUCAACACAAGGUCAGGGAAACUCCACUUCUGUCUGCAAGGGUGUGCGCAAUGCGAGGUCCAUCAAUCAGAGGACGUGCUCCACGUGGACAGUCUGACAUGGUGGCCUCCCCUCUUUUACCAGGGGGACCUUUGCACAUUGCACGGGAAGAAGGCUUUGAAGGACUUCAACGCGAAAUUCGAGGAACCGGAGCCGCUACAAGCGUCGGGGCCGCACGCCCAGGAGGAUUCUUCCAGGCAGCGGGGAGCACCCGGAAGGAAGGAUGGGCUUCCCGGGCAGUUCUUCGAAGGGCUUGCAGGCCUGGCAGCGCGUGCCGGAGUGGGGGGCAAGCCUCCACCCUCAAUUCUUCGGCCAAAGGUGACUUGGGCAGACAUGAAGAAGCAAGCGCCAAGCAGGGAAGCGCCGGCUCUGACUUCGGGUCAGCCCACAGCUCACCCUGGAGCACAAAGGAUGAAGGAGGAGAUUGUGGAGAUCGGGAGCGAGUCCGGCAAAAGUGGGAGUCCUGCGCGCGGGAGCCAUGGCUCCAAACCCAGGUCGCUGGCAGACAGAGUGAUCGCACGUUCAGUUGCCAGCCAAGCGACAAAGCGGAGGACGAAGAAGAAAAAGAAAAAAGGAAAGAAGAAGGCCAGGAAACGAGGAAAAGGAAGCAGCAGGACCACGAGCUCAGAGGAGAGCUCGGGGUCAAAAGGCGGGUCAAGCUCGGAAAAGGAGCUUAUGCCUCCGGUCAAAAGGAAGGCCGAGAAGAAACCGGGUGCAGUGAUGGAGGAGCUUGUGGAGCACGCCAGGGCCCAACUUUCGGAACGCGAACGAGGAGAAGGCCGAGAAUCUCUGGGGAGCGGUCCCAAGGGAGAAGUGAAGAUGAGUCUCUUCUUCCAACUUUUUUGGAGGUCGAAGUUCGAACAUCGGCCCCGGGAUCAACGAGAACUUUUUCUUCUUUCGCGGUGUGCCGACCUGCUCAGGGAUGGGCACCUGAACGAACUGGCCGACGCCAUUGCUGGUCGCAUAAUGGCCCUAGAAGUCGCAGCGUCCACAGGGAGUUGGAACACGGCGAAGUAUCUAGAGGUCGAGACGAUGGACAGUGGGAGCAUUGCAAGGCCAGAGACCCUGCUGGCGGCUCAACGGCAUGCUCGACUGGUGGCAAAGUCGGAAAGUUCAUGGAAGCGUGGUGAAGUGAAUGCAAGUGGUGACGAGGAGUGCCGUGCCGCUGGCCUCGCUCGCACCGGCUGUGGGUCGCGCGCGUGCCGCCCCGUUGGGCUGGCUGCGGGCUUCCACGGGCCCGGGGCGAGUGAGGUUGAGUGCUUGCUUCGAGGUGAGGUUGCAAAGUUGCUGGAGCGAGGAUCCUCUGGGUUUGAUCGCGUUGACUUGGACUCAAUAUGGAAAGAGCUGGACAAAGCUGUUCUAAGCUACACGGGUGAAGAGAUCCUGCCCCUCAGGCCAUUGACGGUGGAACAGAUGGAGCCAGCUCUCCCACCCGCUGGAGCCGGUGGGCGGGUUAACGCCCUUGAUCUGGUCGAUGGUGGAACCAAGCGGUUCCUGAGCGAUCCUCGGCUAUCUAUGUUGCAGAGUUCCGAGAUCGAGCCCGGUCCGUGCAGAGCAAAGGUGCAUGUCUCGGCUGGGGCUGGGGCCGCCGUGGCGAGAUUGCUUGUUGAGAGAGGGGUCUGCAAACCUAUGAAGCUGAGUGAUGUUGGAUGUGUUGCAAAUGAGCGAAUCCUAAAUGGUCUUUUUGGCGUCCCGAAGCCAAAGACAUUGGAAGACGGGAGGCCAGUAUUGAGAACAAUAAUAAAUCUGAUUCCGUCGAAUCGGGUUCAAAAGAUCAUCGGAGGUCACAUUGAGAGUCUUCCUGCUAUCGCAAAAUGGCAGUCAAUCAUUCUGGGAGAAGGUGAAACGCUUACUGCUUUUCAGUGCGACAUGGCAUGCGCAUUUUAUCUUUUUUCCCUGCCUGAUGUGUGGCUGCCUUGGUUUUGUCUCAAUUUUGAUCUCUCGGGUCACGAACUGGGGAUUGAGUCUGACGAGCGCUUCACGAUUGCUUGCUGCACUUUGCCAAUGGGGUGGAAAUCAGCUGUGGGGGUAAUGCAGUGCAUUAGCCGGCGAGUUCUUCUCGAAUCGCGUUUGCCGGAGUCGCACGAGAUACGUAAAGAUCGCUCUGUCCCUCCAUGGCUGAUUAAAUGCUGGCGCGAGGGAGGUCAGCACUCUUGGUGGCAAGUUUACCUUGACAAUUUCAUUUCUUGCCAGGUUGAGAGUCCUUCAAGCUCUCAAUCAGGCAAAGAUGGGGCAAAGCAUUUCCGUGCCGCGCUUGAUGGCUGGGAUAGUUUCGGCAUUCUGUGUGCCAGUGAUAAGAAUGUUGAGUUCGCUGGCGUUGCCCAUGAGCUUGGAGCUGAGAUUGAUGGAGACCUUGGCAAGCUUAGUGGCGGAACCGCUAGGCUGUGGAAAACUUGCGUUGCCUCGCUUGGACAGGUUUUGCUCGGGAAGGUCGUGAAAGAGAAAAGACUGCAAGUCCUUGCCGGACGAUGGGCUUUUCUUCUACAGUUUCGAAGGCCCUUGUUUGCGAUAUUUUCAGAGAUCUGGAAAGCAGCAUCUGUUAACUGCCCGCUGGCUGUCAAGCGACGUGCUAGCGUAGAGCUGUUCAUGGCUGUUCUCCUCAGCCCGCUGUGCUGCUGCGACCUCUCGCGCCAGGUCCAUCCUGUGGUUGUGGCCACUGACGCAUCCGAAAAGGGUGGGGCCAUUUGUGUCUCCACAGGACUUUCCUGGUCCGGCAAGUCACUGGCUUGUGCGUGGAGUGAACCUUCUAAUCAUUGCAGCGUCCAGCCUUUGUUGGUAAUUUCGCUCUUUAACGGCAUUGGAGGAGCCUUUCGGGCAUACGACCUUGCGGGCGUCCGUGCCUCAGGUCUGGUCUCGAUCGAAUGGCACAAACCGGCAAACCGUGUCGUGAAGCGUGCCUGGCCCCACGCACUGCAGUAUGAAGACGUCAGUGACGUGGACAGAAGCAUGGUCAGAGAAUGGGUCGGCCGCUUUCCUUCAGUCAAAGAAGUUCACGUUUGGGGAGGAUUUCCCUGCGUGCAUUUGUCUUCAGCACGGCAUGGCAGGAAGAAUCUUGCCGGCGAAGGCUCGAACCUGUUUUUCAAGCUGUACGAGGUCAUUGGCUUGGUCGCAGAAGAGUUUGAUGGGAUUGCUAAAGUCAAGUGGGUCGUUGAAAACGUCUCAUCCAUGGAUGUCGCAGCGCGAGAUGAAAUCAGCACUUGGCUUGGGGUCGCCCCAUUAAGGCUGGACCCCGCAGAUGUGCUCUGUUAUAGCAGGCCGCGUUUCGCUUGGAUCUCUGAGUGGCCGCAUGAAACCGAAGGGGCAUCUUUCGUGAAGAGAAAAGGGUUUGUUGAGGUAUGUAUGACAGCCUCGGAACCACCCCAGUCACAGUGGGCCCGGCUCGGGUGGCAUCGUGUUGAGCCCUCGUCAAAGCUCCCCACCUUCAUGAAGUCGAUUCCGCGCGCAGAGCCCCCGCCAGCACCUGCUGGGCUUGGGCGGACUCCGCAGGAUGCGCUCGAGAGAUGGGCAGCAGAUUGCUACCGGUUUCCCCCCUACCAGUACAAGGAAGCAUUUCUGUUGUCAGACGGUGACAAUCUUCGUUACCCCGAUGCUGGUGAAAGAGAAAUCCUCAUGGGAUAUGGAGCAAGACAUACGGCGUUUUGCCUGCCCGCUUCAGAGGCAAAGAAAUCAGCCCGAGCAGUCGAAGAUGAAAGACUAAGCCUCGUUGGAGACAGUUUCAGUAUGCUAUCCUUUGGCUGGGUGGCAGGCCAAUUGUGCCGCGCCUUUCGGCCCGAGCUCGGCGCCCAAGAGCUACUCAAUGUGCUCGGCUUGGCUCCAGGGCACUGCGCCCGUCCAGGCACAUUUGCUCCAAUGGGGCGCUGGAAGGACUACGGUAGCAGUUCUCUGAACCUCUCAGCACCUGGAGAAGAAGUGAUUGCGUCCAAAUUGUGUCUGGGUGCCAAUCAUACUGGGUCAGAUGUCCGCAUCAGCACUGGCGAGUUGUUUGCGCCCUCGAAGGGUGUGCGACAAAGUGUGGAUGCCGUUUGGUGGACCUGGAAACAAGUCUAUCAAAAGAGAUGGAAGUUCGCGCACCACAUCAAUGCCCAAGAGAUGCGAGCACUGCUUCUUUCCUUGCAAUGGCGCGCCAGCAGGUACCGCAGAGCGGUCCGGCUGCUUUGGCCUUUUGUGCAGUUUGUUCACACUUUUUCCGAGCUAGAUGCAUGUGCCGCAGACUGGGUGGAGCUGAUGUGGGGCCGAGGUGAGCUUCUUUCGUUAAAACUUGAAGAUGUACAGUUAGGCGCCGCGCGGGCCGUGCUUAAUCUCCGGCUGACUAAAACCAGUCGCCGUGCUGGCGCUUUUGAAGCUGUCACCGUCUCUGACGCAGCAGUGGUGGAGGCCCUUCGGACUCUUGUGUCCAUCCGAGCUGCGCAGGGCCUGCCAGGUGUGAUCUGGAUGCAUAGCGCCCAACGCUUCCGCACUUCUUUCCGCCACAUGUGCAGUUGUUUUCACCUUCAGAACCUCAAUUUCCAGCCGUACUCCCUCAGACGAGGUGGAGGCACCUUUUUGCUGCAGCACGGAGUAGCUCUGGAGCAGAUCCUCCUUCGAGGCCGCUGGCAGUCUCUCGCUGCCGCGCGGGUCUACCUCCAGGAUGGCUUGGCCAACCUCACCGACAUCCGCUUGUCCACUGCCUCCAAAGAGUUGCUUUCGCGCUUUAAUUCCCACUUUACAUUGUGGAUUGUUCCCAUGACCUGCCGUUGGUCAGUGGAAGACUUGAGUUUGAUCCCUCCUGUUAUGGAUUUGUGGAUUGUUCCCAUGACCUGCCGUUGGUCAGUGGAAGACUUGAGUUUGAUCCCUCCUGUUAUGGAUGCCCUUGGCCCGGCUACAGGGGUCGCCCUUUGCCGUUAUCUUUUGUUUGGAAGGCGCUGCAUAAAGAUAGGCUUCCAUAUGGGCGGCAUGUGCCUCGACGGAGUACCCUGCAACUGCAUCGAAGCAUCCUUGAACCCUGAGCCCAACCUGGCCCUUACCGGCAAUGUCGGCUGUCGUGAGUGCGAGUCUGCAAGUCUGCAACUGUUCCUUGCAGACGCAGAAGAAAAGGGAGAAUGCUACCAGGCUGGGGCUGACCAUGCCAACUCCUCAAUUGCCACCCAGGAUCGCAGCAAUUUGCUGCUGCUUGUGCUGCCGAACUUCCCUCCCAGCGGUAAACGGCCUAAUCCGUAUUUGGCAAACCAGGGUCUGCCUUUGUCACAGAUGGGCAUGGCAGCCGCGCUGGAUAGCUGCCAGGCCCGUGCACAGGCAGCCGAAGCGCAGGUGGCUCAACUAAUGCAACUCAUGGAGGCGAAGCAACAGAGCCAGGCCAGUGCCGGCGCGCCCGCAAAGUUGCAGGGCGUUCCCCCCCCUGGCAUGGCGCGGGAGGUCCAACCGCCGACUAAAGCGACCACAAUGCCUGAGGCUCCGUUCACGCAGCGUUCGCUGCAUCAGGCACUUGGUCAAGCACUUCAUCCGCACGGUGGCGAGACGACUGGCAACUUGAACAGGAUGGCAUCUCCGGUGGAGGGGAGUCCCAUGAGCGACUCAAGCCGGCGGAGCAGCCGGUUGCGACAUGAGUUCGACAAGGAACAAAUACGCCUGCGGGCGAAACUGAAGCCACAGCAAACCCUGCGAGGAUAUCUGGAGGAGCUUCGCUCCGAGAACCCGAGGUGCAUCUUCAUCGUACGCCGGAUCAACAAGCUCGGAUUCCGCUCUAAGGCACUUCUUGAAGGUCAUUACGCAAAGUACGGCAAGGUGCUUCAAGUGUGCGUGGCACAUUCCAAGGUGAAACCCAUGCCGAACUCUGGGCAAUCCGCCCGCAUGCGACCAGGCAAUUUCGGCCUUGUAGUGAUGCAGGAUCCUGCGGCCGUCCAGAAGGUGCUGGACAAGGGUGAAAACCAUUUGAUCGACGGCGUGGAGAUCUCCGUGCAGAAAUACCAGCCUAAUGGGCCGGACGAGGGUUACGAUGAGGAAGAGGAAGAGGACAAGGUUGAUCGUGAGAUCAAGAGAUCGACCAACAACAAAGCAAGCCGGAGCCAGAAGGGCGAAGACACGGGUGGCAGCACCCAAACAGGCAGCUCUGAGGGAAGCAGCCGCUCCGGAAAGUCCGGCGGCGACCUGGUAACGGGAGAUGCCGACGACUGGAACAGGCAGGAGUCCGAAAGCAGCAACAGCUCGUCUCUGGCGGCUUCCUACGGCUCGGGGCAGGCCCCCACAAGUCCGGCGGAGUGGCAAGCUACGAGGUCGGGAGAAUUCCCGGAGAGGGCCUUUCCAGACCCUGAGGUUCCGGGAGCUGACCGGAAGUUCCUUGUCUCGUUGUCCGCGCAGGAGCUGAAUGAGCUGAACCAGAUGCUGCAGAGUAUUGCCUCUUUUUCGGCGCCGCCAACGGUGCCGUCGGUAGCACCAUCGGUGCCACCAGCGCAAUCACAUCUGCCGGACACCACCGACCUUGUGGGCAUCCUGGACAGACUCCAUGGCAUUGCUCAGGAGUCGCAGAGCACCCACGGCUUCACGCGCGACAACAUCAUCCAGGCAGCCACACUGGUGCAGGGUGCGAAGCAGCAGCUGGCGUAUCUCCACUCGGAGUGCAAGGCGAAGCUCGCCAAUCUCACUGCCACGGCCGCAGCCGUCCUUUCGGCAACCCCACCCGCACCCACAGUGCCGGCAGCACCUUUCGAGGCAAGCUUCCUGAGUUCGCUUACGCCGGGCGCGUCAGCGAUUGGAGGUUUGAACGCCACGCCGCCCUUGAGCCCGCAGCCGCCCAUCUUUCCCGGGAUUCGGGCUCAGGCCAUGGCCAUCCUUCAGGCCCAGCAACAUUUGAACCUUCUUCAAGCCCAACUCGGUGCAGACCUCUCACGGUGGAUCACGCACGACUACCCGGCGCCGGACCCAUUCCCUGCGGCCCCCGCGACGGGUGCCAUCAGAGGCUUCGCUGGGGACGGUCAUGUGCCCACCGUGUCUCCCGACUUUCUGACGCCCAACCUGGCCAUGUUCCAGGAUGCGCCGGGAUUGAGCGCCAACCCUGAGGCGUAUUAUCCAAGCGAAGAGGCUUUGGAAGAUCCAGCGCGCGGCCCUUGGUGGACGGCGCUGGUGGCUGAGCAGCCUGAGCUGGGAGAACCGGGCGCCCUGCGCCCGGUCAUUGGCGUGGUACUGAGCCGACGCGUGACCUCUCGGAAGCUGGCCUUCUGCACCCUGCAGGUUGAUGGGGGCCAGUCCUCAGAUGAAGAUGGGCCUGAAAUCCUGGGCCUUUGCUUCUGUGCUGGGCUCAUAGCAGCCACUGAGGGAAGUUGGUCACCUGCGCCUGUUCGUCGGGGCGACAUUGUGGUGGGCUCCCGUUUGGAGGCCGCGGUCGUCUUUGCGCCUCGCUACCGGCCGGAGCCGCUGGUGAGACGCUGGCGUCGGUUGUCGGAAGAGGAUGAGGCCCCGAGCCGGGGGUCCGGAGGCUACGACCUGGCAGCGCACCUUGCAAGGCGCGAUGCAGCCAAUCAACGGGCGAAGGAAGCGUUGGCGGCAGUGGGCAAGCCGAUCGCCCUUUGCAAGUUCUGGUCCGGUCGUUCAGCUGCCAGCUGCGGAGAGGCAGAAUGCAGCUUUCGGCACCACUUCAACAGUCCGCAGGAGGCAACCAAGGCCCUGGCCUUGGCAGCGGGCCGUCGUGGCUGUGAGGAGGUUUCGGCAGCAGAGCAGAUGGUCUACGACGCAGUGGCCGACGGACCCCACGACAAGGCGGGGAAGCCUCGGCGUGCAGCGUGCUUCGCAGCCUGGUUGCUGGAGACCUAUGGCAGGGAGGCGCUUCGUGAGGGCACCGGAGUCCUGGAUGUCGCUGGCGGCCAGGGCGAUCUCUCCUGGGCUUUGAGCAUGGACCAGGGGGUGCCAUCAACCCUCGUCGACCCAGCGCUGCGGCGAGGUGGCGCCUUGAAGAGCUGGCAAAGGCGUGCUUUGCGGAAGCGAGGGCGCGAAGAAGCCUUCACGCACCUGCCUGUGAGCUUCGAGGCUGCCCUCUUCGGCCCUGGUUCUGGGAGCCACGCCGGGCUGUUGGACACUGCUUCCCUCGUUGUGGGCCUUCAUCCGGACGAGGCCACAGAGGCCAUCGUGGACUUGGCCCUCGGGGCCGGGCGCCGCUUUGCGGUGGUUCCCUGCUGUGUCUUCGCGGAGAAGUUUCCUGACCGGGAGCUGGCGCCAGGCGUGCCAGUGCGAACGCUGAACCAGUUCUGCGCUUACCUUCGUGCCAAAGAUCCUCGUAUUAAAGAGGCGCUCCUGGAUUUUGAGGGCCGCAACAAGGUGCUGUACAUACCGUGA